AUGGCGGGCCCGUAUCUGUCGCCCCUCGGGCCCCAGGCCGAUCUGCUUACCGAGUACAUGUUCGGGCGUCGUCGUCAGGUCAGUAGACGCAAUCGGACCACGUUCACGCCGCAACAGCUUCAGGAAUUGGAAUCUCUUUUCCAGAAAACGCAUUAUCCCGAUGUAUUCCUCAGAGAAGAAGUCGCACUUCGGAUAUCGCUCUCGGAAGCACGUGUUCAGGUAUGGUUUCAAAACAGACGGGCAAAGUGGAGAAAGCAAGCUCGGUUACAAUUGCUGCAGGACGCGUGGAGAAUGCGAUGCUUGGGUUUAGGGAGCGCCACUCCGCUGUUGCUCGGCCGGCCACCCCCCGGUGGCCUCGAGAGGACCACUGCCGCCGCCACCAGCGACGCAUCCUCCACUUCGCCGUCGUCCUCGUCGGCCCUCACGGGCUCGCCGAACGCGACCGACAAGCUACCCGAGAUUGGCGGUCCCGUGUCGGUCUGCAGAGAUUUUCGAAUCCUGCCUCCGCCGCUGCCCGGAUACUCGGUACCGAGUUGCGACAAAUCGCCCGACAGGCUCAAGUGCCGAUGCGGAACGCCGCCCAGGAUCUGCGCGAGUCCCGCGGACCGUCCUGGCGACGGUCUGGCAACGAGGGAGCGGCCGCAGGAGGCCGAGAUGGAUCUCACCCUGAAGGGCCACCAUCCCGUGUCGUCCGCCAGGCACUCGUUGUUCCAUCAUUUGCCGAGCAAUCACCAGCAGCAGGACAUCGCGCAGAGCAUGGACGAGCCGUUGGACGUCACUCUCAACAGCGGCAAGAACAACUGA